GACGUAAAGUAACGUAAACGUGCACAGCACCAAAGCGCGCCAAGGUAGGGUGGCGCGCUUAGUACGCACAGCAUGCAGUUUUGCAAAAAGUGGCGCAAAUGUUUUAAAAAAAGCAUGGCUAAAGAAGAGGACGCGAUACGAAACUUCGUUGUGAGAGAACUGCACAAGUGUUCGGACCUCAGUACACUGACUUUAGGCAUUCUGCGGAGGAGAUACCUGGAGAAGGUGGGGAGGGAGUCGCUCAGCUUCAAGGACAGACAGUUGAUGAAGAAAAUUGUAGAAGAGGAACUUUUGAAGAUGCAGGAAAGCAGUGAUGACGAGCCUCUUAUUAAGAGUGUGAAUCCAUCAAAGAGCCAGAGCAAAAGGAAAAGGGUGGAUGAUGAUGGGGAUGAAGAGAAUAAUAUGGUGGGAAAGACGAAAAGAUCACGGCUGGAGGAGUCUUCUCCCGAUUCCCCCGACUCUGGAAUAGUGAAGGCCAUGAAUGAGAGAGAACAAAAGGAGGAAGAAGCUAAAAGUGAUGAAGACAGUGAAGAGGAGCAAGAGAAAAAGAUCAUUACGAGAAAACCACAGAAUAAGAGACGGGGCCAGCAAAGCAGACAGGACGAGGACAGUGAGAAGAAAAAGAAACUGAAGAAGAAAGGGAAGAUGACAGACAGUGACGAAGAUGAGGAUUCGGAAGAUUCUGAUGAGGAGGAGUCAAGGCAAAAACAACCUUCGAAAGAAAAGCACAAGAAAAAGGAUUCAGACAGUGAGGAGGAAAUCAGUGAUAAACUGUCUGCGAGUGAUUCUGAGGAUGAAAAAGUGAAGAGCAAAGUGAAGAUGCAGAGCAAAAGAAAAGAUGUCAUUAAGAAGAAGCAAGUAGAGAGGGAUGUUGUGAGAGAAGUGUUUGGGAGCAGCUCUGAGAGCGAAGAGGAGAAUGACGAGAGCACUAAAGCAAAAAACAGCAGCAGCUCUGAGAAUGACGGUGAAGAGGAAAAAGAUCAAAAAGAGGAUGCUGCUAAAUUAUCCUCUAAAGAGAUGGAGAAAAAUGACGGGAACAAACAGGACCGUCAGAAGGAGGCAGCAGAGGACUCCGACUCCUCGUCUCUUCCCUCUCUGGAGGACGAGGAGGAACAAGAGAAGGACAAGAAGGAGGGAAAGAAAAGCGUGACAAAGAAAAAGCGCAGUGAGGAGAAGGAGAUUACAAGCAGAGGAAAGGAUGAAGAAAACAAGGCUGUGUCCAGGCUGAAGCGCUACAUCGCCCUCUGUGGUGUGAGACGGAACUACAAGAAGCUGUUAGACGGCUGCCGAUCAGUAAAGGCAAAGGUGGCUGUGCUGAAAAAAGAGCUGGAGGAGCUGGGUGUGGAAGGUAAGCCCUCAAUAGAGAAGUGUAAGAGAGCUCGACUAAAGAGAGAAGAAGCACAGGAACUGGCUGAGCUGGAUGUCAGCAACAUCAUCACCACUCAGGGACGUCCCAAAAGGAGAGCAACAGCGGCAGCGGCUUGGCUGCCUGCUCAGAAUGUCUCUCCUCCGCCUUCUGCCUAUAAACGUGUUGUGGACUCAGAUUCAGAUAGUGGAGACAGCCACACAAACACAGGACGCAAGAGAGGAGCAGCCUGGGCCAACCUGCAGGGAAUCAUCAGUGAUGACGGAGAGAGUGAUUAGGCAGCAAGCGCCUGUCCCUACGAUCUGUUCCAUCAUUAUACAGUGCACUCUCUCGCCCUCUCUCUAAUUCACAAUGAACUGUAAAAAAAAAAAGUUAAACCUGCUCAAAUGAACCAGUUGGUACGUUGGCAAGAAUUUUAUGUCUACAUCCUGUUAUUGUAGGAUGUAUUUGGAUUUCUUUGUAGUAAGUUUGUUCUCUCUAUUUCUGUGUUUUAUAAUUGUUAGUUUGUACUUUAUAUUUAAGUGUCUCAAAUGUGUAGAAUGAGGUUUCAUGUAGCUUUGAAAAUAAAAUAAUGUAUAUUGAA